GGCGGCACCGCACCGCGUCACUUUUCACCGCCCGCAGGAAAACCAGCCUCCUCCCGCCCGCCUUGUUGGCUCGCUGUCUCCACCACUCCUCUCCCCUCGCCGUCGACCGGCCGACCGACCGAGAUGGCGCCGGCCGUGCGUCUCCGCCUCCUCGCCUCAUGCCGCCUCUUCUCGGCGCUUUCCGGGACGGUGCCGCGGUGCCGGCGAGGUCUCCGAGGUCUGAGCACGCUCUCCUCGACGCUGGGGUCGGGCGCCGGCGAGGACGAGAUCGAGCGCAUCCGCCGCGAGUUCGAGGACGCCAAGCGCAACUACCUCAGCAUCCCCGCCGCCAUCAAGGACAUGCCCAAGAUGGACCCGCAAGGCAUUUAUGUGAACAAGAACGUCAAACUGGACGACCUGCAAGUCUAUGGCUUCGACUAUGAUUACACGCUGUCGCACUACUCCGACCACCUUCAGUGCUUGAUCUAUGAUCUCGCCAAGAAGCACUUGGUCAAUGAGCUGAAGUAUCCAGAGAGUUGCUUGCAGUAUGACUACGACAGCAGCUUUCCUGUCAGGGGCCUUUACUAUGACAAACUAAAAGGGUGCCUUCUGAAGCUUGAUUUCUUUGGUUCUAUUGAGCCCGAUGGAUGCUUCUUUGGACGACGGAAGCUAAGUUCAACUGAGAUAAAAGAACUCUACGGCACAAGACAUAUCGGAAGAGAUCAAGCUCGUCAGCUUGUUGGGCUGAUGGAUGUCUUCUGUUUUAGCGAGGCAUGCCUCAUUGCAGAUAUUGUUCAGCACUUCGUAGAUGCCAAGCUGGAGUUUGAUGCUCCUUAUGUAUAUGAGGAUGUAAACCAAGCGAUUCAGCAUGUCCACAGAAGUGGUUUAGUUCACAGAAAAGUUCUUUCAGAGCCUCAGAAAUUUCUGUUAAAAAAUAGCCAGGUGUUUCGUUUCUUAAAGACCCUACGAGAGAAGGGGAAAAAGCUGUUUCUUCUUACCAACUCACCUUUCUACUUUGUUGAUGGAGGGAUGAGUUAUUUACUAGAGGACCAGCAUUUUGAUGGGAAUUCCUGGAGGGAGCUUUUUGACGUUGUGAUUGCGCAGGCAAAUAAGCCAAGUUUCUAUAAUUCAGACCACCCAUUCAGGGUGUAUGACACUGAAAAGGACACCUUAGCAUUUACUGCAGUUGACAAGUUUCUGCCAAAUGAAGUCUAUUACCAUGGAUGUUUAAAAUCCUUUCUGCAGAUUACAAAGUGGAGAGGCCCAGAGGUGAUAUACUUUGGUGAUCAUCUUUUCAGCGACUUGAGAGGGCCUUCCAAAGCUGGUUGGCGAACAGCUGCCGUAAUUCGUGAACUUGAGGAUGAAAUAGGAAUCCAGAAUGGUGACAGCUACCGGUUCCAACAGGCAAAAUUAGGUAUAAUACAUGAUCUACUUGGGAAGGUUCAUGCAACUGUGGUUAGCACCGAGAAAGGCCAAGUUUACAGAACAUUGCUUGAUGAGUUGAAUGCAGAAAGGCGUCAAUGUCGAUCUGGCAUGCGAGAUCUGUUUAAUAGUUCUUUUGGUGCAACAUUCCUCACAGACACAGGAAAGGAAUCAUCAUUUGCCUAUCACAUUCAUCAAUAUGCAGAUAUCUACACCAGCAAGCUUGAGAACUUCUUGUCAUAUGCCCCUGAAUCAUGGCUUCAUCCACCUCACGACAUAAAGAUCAUGCCACAUAAUGCAAAGGUGCCAGCGAGUUUGUUCAGCACCUCAUAGUUCACUGUAUCCAUUUCUUGUGGAGAGCCAUGGUAGUGCACUACACAGUGGUUUUUGUUUGUGGCCAUGGGACUCCAUACUGUCACUGCAUUCGGCUAGGUUAUGAAGAAACCAACACAGAUUGGAUCCAACUGAAUAGGCCAGGGAGCAAAUCAAGAUGUGCCUAUUCUUGACUGACGUAAGAAUCAGUCUCCAAGUGAGUAGGCGAUUCUUUUGUACAAUAUCGCUGUACAAUAUUGUUUCAACUAUGUGUGUCUUCUAAAUACAUCCAGGCAACGUAACAACCAUCUGUAAUGGUUGUCAAUAAAAAUGUUGGCAUAUUCAUUUUAUUAAAUCUGCUGUUGUUUUUCAAGAUAUGUAAAAUAUUCACCUA